GAAGUCUAAAACCUAGCGCAAAGUAAAAUAGUCUCCCAAAAUUUUCAAUCCCUCUCCCUACGGACAGAGAUGGCGAAGGAUCAGGACAAAUUUCCACCUCACCCUUCUUCCUCUUCCUCUGGCCCUUCUUCCUCUUCCGCUUCUUCCUCUUCCCUGUUCGAACCCAAAUGGGAUAAACCUGAUGAUGGGUAUGGAUGUUAUGUAUUUCAAAUACCUGUUCAAUUUUACACAGUGCAAGGUAAUGUUCGCAAGCUGACUAUUCCGUGGUGCAGUGCAAAAUUUAAGCCCGAUAAAAAAAGCCACAAAUUUUAUUACAUGUGCCGCUACCUUUUAUGAUUCAUUUGAGGAAGCAGAAUCAGUUUAUCCUAUUAUUUUAGAGGUUCUCCAAAAGAGUUUUAAUAUUGCUGUUCCUUUAGGAUACACCAAAUUCAAGGGAUUUGGUGUCAUAUUUGUGGAACAGUUAUACGAGUUGGACCCUAACAAGCCCAUUAGGCUUCCAUUGUGGAAGAAGCAUCAGGAUAUACAUAUAUCCUUUAAUGAUUACUAUACCGAAAAAUUGAAGCAGUUAUUUUCGGCCAUCAAGGCCAUACAUGAUUGUGGAAAUUAUCACGGAAAUGUACAGAGAGGGAUUGCAUACCGAGCGGAUGGGACUCCAGUUCUCUUUCAUCUCAAAUUUGAUGGUAUUAUCCAUGUGACAGAACAUAUACGAAAGGAUUUAAAUUCCUUUUGGUUAGUUAUCACAUCAAUUAUUGACGAUCAUCCUGACAAACCUCACAAGUUGCCUCCUCUCGUCUCACGAUUUGGCGAGAUGUUGGCCAACUACAUGCCAUUAUUAGAAUUUUCAGAUGAAAAAACACUGAUUGAGUAUUAUGAAUGGUUGUAUGAUUAUCCCCUCUUCUGGAGCAAUAAAACAAAAGCCAUAUUCUGGACACACUUGCAUUUGCACUUAGAUUGUAUGAUGCUUAUAGAAUUAAUUCUAAUAUCUUCAACAUGGAUCAUUACAUGGAUCAGUAUAUUCCAGAAGGUUGGAGAAAGAAAAUCGAUCAUGCCCACCACCCAAAAUUCAAGGAGUGCUAUUAUUAUUCUCCAGCUACCAUAGCUGAUUCGUAUGAAACCGAAUGUGGAAUUGUCUUUUUUGGGAGAAACUUUUUGGCUCACUAUCAAUUUGCUGAGGGAAGCAUGAGGGAGCUAGAGGCAGAAUUCCCAAACAUUAUAGCCGACUCAUAUUAUGAGUUGGCUACGGGAACCAAUGCACUAAAUAUUUUGUUAACACCUUUCAAAAGCCAACUCAUAAAUUUGGAAUGCGCUCAAGUCAAGAAGAAUGAUAAUACAGCUCAGAAAAUCAAAGCCAAGAAGGAUAGUGAGUACAUAAGUGUCAUGCAUUAUAUUAAGAAGGAAAUGGGAUUUUAUUGUUCCUCUGCCAAAGAAGAAGAAAAGCUUAGGGAGCUUAGUUGGAACGUUUAAUUUGAGGUAUAUACUGAACUAUUUUGUAACAAUUCUGGCACACAAUUUGAUUAUGUUUCCACUUUGCUUUGUUCCUCGGUCGAAGGUCUAAAAGGUAAUUCAAACACAUCUUAUACAUUAUCUUAUACAUUCUUCUUCGUCUUCUUCUGCUAUACCUAUAUACAUGGUGUAUCACUAACAUUUUCACUACUGUGCUUAUACAUUUUUGUAUAUACAUUUUUGUGCACUUUUAUACAACUAUAUAUAUAAUAUACCUUUUUGUAUAAAAGUGUAUAAUAUUGUAUAAAAGUGUAUAAGCAUCUCUGACGAAUUUUUUGUACGAUUUUCAUUUGCAAUUCCUGAUUAAGACUAUUCCAAAUCUCCACUAAAUGACUUCAAACUUUGUACACAAUCUACUUAGACUAAUUUUAAUAAGUUCAAACAAUACCCACUCUAAAUUUCUCAUAAAAUCAUAUUAAAAAACUAAUAAGAUUAGCAUUAAAGAAGAUGAGAUUUUAGAUUUCUCGCGUCUGUUUGUGAAUUUUCAUAGUUGUGAUAGGUAUGUAGAAACUUGAGGAAAAAGGAGAAUGAAAAUAUUUCACGCUUGAAGAUAUAGAGAAUAAAAAAACUGGAAAAAAAAAAAAAUUCAGAUCUAAGCUUAUUGAUAUUUGGCUACACAUUUGUAAACUUGUAAGUGGGCUAAAAUAAUGCAAGGUCAACUUAUGAAGUUAAAAUAUCAUGGUAUAGCCAGUUUUCACACUGGUCAAUGAAAAAUAGCCAGCGUUUACCAAGUCAA